CGUUCUCUUACUCUCUCAAUCUUUGGUCGAGAAAAUAAGACAAUUAGAGUUCACACAAGUCAAAGCAAUCCACAAACCUAGAUUAAUUUGUGAAAAACAAGUCCAUGAACCUUCUCUUUCCAAUGAAAGCCACUGUCCACGUGAUCUUGCUUGGAGAUUUGUUUAUCAUCUAGUUUAACCUCCUUCUUCUGUCCCUCCCUCCCUUUCUUUCCAUGAUGAACACCAUUAGAUGCUGUAUAUCUUGCAUUCUACCCUGUGGUGUCCUUGACGUGAUUCGAAUAGUCCAUGCUAAUGGUCAGGUUGAAGAGAUAAGUGGCAGCAAUAUUAAAGCAGAAGAGAUCAUGAAAUUACAUCCAAAUCAUGUACUAACGAAAACUUCAUCGCCCACCGGUGAAGGGAUUUGCCCAAAGAUUGUUGCAGUUCCUCCUGAUGCAGAACUUCAACGAGGGAAGAUUUACUUCCUGAUGCCAGUGCCAGAAAAAACUCGAUUGAGAUCAUCAACAAAGAGGAAAAAGAAAGAGUCCCAGGUUACUAUUGAGAAGAACAACAACGUUAUCGUCAUGUCUGAUAAAUACUUGAGUGAUAUUCUUAAAGAGAAGGUAUCGACACAAAGGGAUCGAAGAAGAGGGCGUGUUGGCAUAUGGAGACCUCACUUAGAGAGCAUUUCUGAGACACCAACGGAAGCUUAAAUGGUGAGUAAGUUAUAUUUUCAAUAUAGAUCAUCAAAAAUUGGGCUUUAAAACUGAAAAUAAUUAUCUUUUCUCAGCUUUACUUUUUAUACUUAUAAUCACAGGAAAAAUAAUUAUUCCUAAGUUUGUAAUAUUGUUAAAGUUAUGUUCGUUAUUAGCUGCAACAUUUGUAGAAGAAACUGAUUUUGGAGUGUUUCUUUAACUGCUUUUCUGGAGACUA